AUGUGGGAGUGCAUCCAAUCACGUUGUCCGAGUCAACCUGUUACUACUAGUAGCGAAGAUGCUGCUGCCACUGUCUCUGUGCCUGAGGAUACUGUCAAUGACAAAGAGGAACCAGGUGAUGAUGCUCCAUUGGAGCUUCUCCUGCAGUUUGUAGCGUCAGGAAAGAAGUGUGCACCUGACGGGUACAGAAUUGAUGUGGACAGGCCCUCACUGAUUGUUCACACUGCUGCUGAUUGUUUCAAGGAAGUUCCUGCCAGUGUUUCUAAUGGUGAACCCAUUCCAUUGGGAAGGGGCAAGCGCAGAUGUGUCGCGAACAAACAAUAUGGUGCAUUUGAGGAGCAUUAG